AUGGCCACUACAAACGAGCACCAGCACGGCAAGGAGGUGCCCGAUUUUGCGCACGUCAACAGCGUCCUCGAGGAUGAGAAACCUGCGCAGGAUGAGGAGAGGGAUUGGACGGGUACUGCCAAGAAGACAGACCCAGAAGAGAUCCGCCUCGUCAAGAAGCUUGACUUAUGGAUCAUGCCCUGCCUUUGCAUCAUGUACUUCCUCAACUACGUCGACCGGAAUGCGAUUGCGCAAGCACGAUUGAAUAAUUUGGAGGAGGAUCUCAACAUGAGUGGAACCGAGUUCAACACCACUGUUUCGAUUCUGUUUGUUGGUUAUGUUUUGAUGCAGGUUCCUAGCAACAUGUUGAUUACCAAGGUUAAGCCUGGCAUGUACAUGAGUUGCUGGAUGUUGGUUUGGGCCGCUGUCUCUGCCUGCACCGCGCUCGUCAAGAACUAUGCUGGCCUUGUCGUCUGCCGAUUCUUCCUGGGUAUUACUGAGGCUCCUUUCUACCCUGGUGCCACAUACAUGCUCUCCAUCUUCUACACACGAAAGGAGGUCGCCGCCCGUAUCGCUCUACUCUACUGUGCCCAGAUCCUUGCGACUGGCUUCUCUGGUCUUAUCGCUGCAGGCAUCUUCGCUGGCAUGGAUGGUCUCGCUGGUCUUGCAGGAUGGAGAUGGCUUUUCAUCGUUGAAGGUGCCGUCACCGCCCUGGUCGCCAUCGUCGGCUUCUUCAUGCUUCCCAAUACUCCUCUCACGACUCGCUGGCUCACAGAGCGCGAGAAGCAGCUUGCUCACGAGCGCAUGGAGAAGGACAAGGUCUCUGACUCUCAAGAAGGAGGCUCUUCUUGGGAGGGUCUUAAGCAGGCUUGUAAGGAUAAGCGAACGUGGCUUUUCUGCCUUAUGCAGAACUUCCAUCUUUCCGCCUGCUCAUUCAACUCUUUCUUCCCUACUGUGGUCAAGACCCUCGGCUUCAACACUACCAUUACCCUUGUCAUGACUUGCCCACCUUUCAUCUUCGCUGGUGCCGCUGGUAUCCUCUUCGGUUGGAACUCUGGACGUAUGCACGAGCGUACCUGGCACAUCACUGCUGGUCUGUCCAUCGCCAUCGUCGGUUUCGUUCUUGCUGCUGCGUCUCUCAACACUGCUGCUCGAUACGUCGCUUGUUUCAUCUUCCCCAUGGGUGCCUACGCUGUCAACUCUGUCAUCAUCGGAUGGGCAUCCUCUACUCUGUCGCAGACCAAGGAGAAGAAGGCUGUUGUUUUGGCCAUGACCAACGUUGGUGGUCAGAUUGGUUACAUCUACGGUGCCUACCUUUGGCCCAAGAGCGACUCUCCCCGAUACGGAAUUGGAUUUGGUGCAUCUGCUGGCUUUGCUCUUUGCUCUAUUGCAUGCGCCUGGGCCAUUCGUAUCCUGUUGGUGCGUGAGAACCGUCGCAUUCGCGCUUCCACCUCUGAGCAGGUCAACCUCUACGGCUACUAG